AUGCGCCGAAGUUUCACGUUCGUUCCAUGUUCGAAUUUCGUUACCACCGCUGUGGCGAAGGCUCGGUUCAACUGGUACAAUAUUCGAAAGACGACAGACAAUCCGAAAUAUGGCGAAAUCGACUACUUCAAAAACGAGGCGUUGAAACUCGAGCCGCGACCGGGCUAUAUUGAUCGAUUGGGAGAGGUGUGGUCUUUGAUGAUCGCCGUAAGCCGCGACGUGUUCUUUAAGCGAGACGAUAACCUAAUCAAACACGACGGAAACUAUGGCUUGCCCCAGGUCGACUUGUCUCAGCCUAAAGCUGAAUACGAAGGCAUUGCCGCAGCCCCAGAACCUGUGAAAAAAAUAUUCAGCAUAGCCUACGGUGAAAGAAAAGAUUUGACUUUUCAGUGGAAGAGAAAAUUAAUGGAUAAAGUUCGGUGUAAUGAGCUGGACGACGAAUCCUACGAGGCCAGGAUCGCCAAGCAUACCGCACUCAUUCGUCAUUGGACAAUGUUGCUGCACGAUAUGGAAAAGAAACCAGGCUGGCUGCGAGAUGCCAUUUAUAUUUCCAUAAAUCAUCGCCGCAAGUUACUGCGAUUGUUGCGGGAGCAAGACGAAGCUUCUUUUCAACGAGUGUUAAAGGAUUUGAAUAUUGCAUAUCACGUAGAACCUUUACCAGAGGAUAAACCCCUGCAGACGCGCAAGGGGUGGGUGGAGUACAUUAUAAAGGAGAAAGUCGAUAUUAUUAAGGAAACAAAAUUGCGCGAAUUUCAUGAAGAACUUAAAAAGAGACAGAAUGCGUUUCUUCGACAAAAAGAGAAGCUUCUGUCAGAAUUUGACGCGGAAGAAAAGCGAAUACGAUCAGAACUUGAUUCAUUGAAAGAUGAAGACGAUAAAAUAUUAAUUCCGGUUGGGCGAUACGUCGGUCAUACAAUAGAUGAAGUAUCUGAAAAUGUUAUGCAUGAUUAUUAUUAUAGACCAGUCAAAGGUUCUGCCGUUUCUUCAACGUAA